AUGUCAGAUGAACAGAAGACUGAAUGGUCAAAUGUAAAAUCAUUACAUAAUGAUCGUUUUAUUGAAUCAAAAAAAGAGAAAACUGAUAUAAAUAAUUUACAUCCUGAACAACGUAAACGUUUACAAAUGCUUGGCUUAAUAACUCUGAAUGCAAAUGGAGAACAGCAAGAAGCAACUGAUGAAGAAAUUGAUACUAUUUUACAAAAAACAAUACAAAAUGAAGAUCCAAAUAUUCUAGCUGAUAAAUAUAUGAUGCAACAUGGAUUAUAUGACUUACUUAAAGCCUUGACAACAAAAAUCGUACUUAAUCGACCAGCUGAUCCAAUUGCUUUUAUGAUAAAUGAUCUGGAAACACAAAUUAAAGAUAAAACAAAUAUCUGA